AUGUCUUCCUAUACAUCAGAAUAUCCUGCCGGCGACAAAUUUGACCCCGAGUAUAAGACUUUCUUUGAGAAGUUCUACGAAACUUCCGAUACUCCUACGGCUCAUGAAGAAUACUCCAAGCAGUUCACGCAUGAUGCCACUUUAAUCAUGGCUUCCAAGAGAGUUCAGGGUCGUGAAGGUCUGUAUAAGCUUCCGAGAAGAUCGACAGUCCAUCUUCUGACGUGCCCAGAAAUCCUAUCUUUGCGUCAAGGGAUGUGGGAAAAGGUAUACCGAAGAAAACAUACAGCAUUCAAGGUAUUCCCAUUCGGUUCCAACUCGAACGAAGUCAUGCUCUAUGGUACCGUUGAGUAUGGCCUAAAGGAUGGCCGAGAAGCCACAGUCGACUGGGCUGCUCGAGCUCACCUAGUCAAACAAGAUGGUGCGGUCAUGAUGGACUUCUAUCAAGUAUACUUAGUAAGUGCAGGCUAUAUCAUCGCUAGAGGUCUGUAA